UUCUGAUUUUUCUCCUUCAUUUCUGGAUGGUGACUUCAACUGCUGUGUCUUCUUUAGGCUUCGUGGUCGAUGAUCCAAGAAUGCUCCUGAGCUAUUUUGCAGUGUUCACAUUGGCCUGUUUCAAACUUAGGGCUGAUCGCUUGUCCAGUUUCUCUGGCUCAUCAACAUAUCGCCAAAUGUUGUCCCAGCGAAGGAACACGUUUGUUUGGAAGGAUCUAUCUUUUGAAACCAAAAGCAUGUGGACUGUUCUUGAUUACUUGAGGCUUUACUGCUAUUGUCAUCUGCUGGAUCUUGUGCUUUGUUUGAUUCUGAUAACUGGGACUCUUGAGUACGACAUACUGCAUCUUGGUUAUCUUGCAUUUGCUCUGGUUUUCUUCAGGAUGAGGCUUGUGAUGCUCAAGAAGAAGAACAAACUGUUCAAGUACCUGCGCAUAUACAACUUUGCCCUUAUUGUACUUUCUCUUGCUUAUCAGUCUCCUUUCUUGGGUGUGUUCAGCUCUAAGAAAUGUGAGACGAUAGAUUACAUAUUUGAGAUCAUUGGGUUUUACAAAUAUGAUUAUGGGUUUCGGAUUACUGCAAGAUCUGCACUUGUUGAGAUCGUCAUCUUUAUGCUGGUGUCUCUUCAAUCCUAUAUGUUCUCCUCUCUUGAGUUUGAUCAUGUUGCUCGGUAUCUUGAAGCAGAGCAAAUUGGUGCAAUUGUGCAUGAAGAAGAGAAGAAAGCUGCUUGGAAAACUGCACAGUUGAAAUAUAUCCGUGAAUCUGAGGAAAAGAAGCACCAACGCCAUUUGCAAGUGGAGAAGAUGAAAGCUGAGAUGCUCAACCUACAAACUCAGCUGCAUAGUAUGAACUCCAUUGGUAAUUGUAGUGCCACAUCCUCUGAUAAGGAAGGCUUAAGGAAGAGGAGGAAUGCACAUCUAUCUUCGUUGGAUAGGGAUUCUGGGAGCCCUGGACAAAGUGAAACAACAGUUCUCGCGAAGCAAGAGGAGGUCACUAGAGAGAUCACAUCAUCAUUUUUGUCUGAAGCAAACGAGUAUUCUUUGGCGGGCUUAAACACAGAAAACCCAGCAACAUCAGCAGUGUCUCCUAAGCAUACAAUGUUAGAAACUCCUUUUUGUGAGAUUACUGAGGUCGGACAGGAAUCAUUUGAUAGCAUCCCACCUUUUGAUUCCAGUAAAAAGGAGAAACUAUCAACCAAGGAAAAUCCUUUAAUUUCUGCUGUACAGUUAAUAGGUGACGGGGUUUCUCAGGUUCAGUCCAUAGGAAACCAAGCAGUGAAUAACCUUGUGACUUUCUUGAACAUAUCACAUGAAGAUCUGGAUAGCAACGAGAACUCUGGGGAGGAAGAAGAAGGACGUAAUAAUAAGGAUACAAGAAAGGUGAAGUAUGUGAGUUUGGACCGUACAUCAUCUUUGCAGUCUGACACUAGUACCGAUGCUACUAGUUUGCAGAUAGGGCGCAUCCUAUGUCAUAUAUGGUCCCAGAUGCGAUCCAAUAAUGAUUUUGUCUGCUAUUGCUGCUUUGUUCUUGUGUUCUUAUGGAACUUCAGUUUGCUCUCAAUGGGGUAUCUUGCAGCGCUCUUCCUGUAUGCACUCUGUGUGAAUACUGGGCCAAGUUACAUCUUUUGGGUUAUUAUGCUUAUCUACACUGAAGUCUACAUAUUACUCGAGUAUCUGUACCAAAUUAUAAUCCAGCACUGUGGCUUAGGCAUUAAUUUAGUCCUGCUUCGUGAGUUAGGGUUUCCUGCUAAUAAAAUUGAGUCAUCUUUUGUCAUAAGUUCCUUGCCACUGUUUCUUGUAUAUUUGUUUACUCUCCUUCAGAGCUCUAUAACCGCAAGAGAUGGGGAGUGGAUGAUGCCAUCGGGGUAUUAUUUCAAAUCUCGAAGAACUGCUUUAAAUAGGACAGAGGUUACCACAGUGAACUAUAACUGGAGGGAGAGAGCUGUGGGGGUUUUGCAUGUAAUGGAAGAGACGGUUAAGCUGAUAGCUAGAAGCAUCUUUAGGUAUUGGGGAUCACUCACACAGGGAGCAGAAUCUCCUCCUUAUUUUGUUCAGGUGUCCAUGGAUGUCCACUCAUGGCCUGAGGAUGGAAUUCAGCCUGAGAGAAUCGAAUCUGGGAUAAAUCAACUACUUAAAAUCAGUCAUGACAAGAGAUGCAAGGCAAAUAGUGCUUGUCCAUUCACUAGUAGUGUUCAUGUUCAGAGCAUUGAAAGAAGUCAAGAAGAUCCAAACAUGGCCUUGGUUGUUCUUGAAGUGGUGUAUGCCUCUCCUUUGACAGGUUCCUGUGCUUCAGCUGAGUGGUAUAAGUCACUAACUCCAGCUGCUGAUGUGGCAAAGGAAAUUCAGCAAUCGAAAGAUGCUGGGUUUGUUGAAGCAAUUAGAUUUCCUUUCCCUAUCCUCUCUGUGAUUGGCGGAGGGAAAAGAGAGAUUGAUUUGUAUGCCUACGUAUUUGGUGCUGAUUUGAGCGUGUUCUUCCUUGUUGCAAUGUUCUACCAGUCUGUCAUAAAGAACAAAAGUGAAUUUCUUGACGUUUACCAGCUUGAAGAUCAGUUCCCAAAAGAGUUUGUGUUUGUCUUGAUGGUUAGUAUCCGUUUGUUCUCUAGUCUUUCCCUCGUGUUAUUGGAAUAAUAUAUGCAUGCUAUAAGUUAUUUGUCUGCAUCUUUUAAUUUUGCGAGCUAAUGUGAGAUGUAUUUGCAAAAACAUUGCUUUGUGUUGUGAAUCGUGCAUGGAAUCUGCCAUAAAAAUGAAAAAGACAUGUACUACCUGCUUUUCUGUACUGCAUUUUCAGUUACUUCCUACCCCCAACUAUUGGAGAUUGCUUCAUUUUGAUGAGACUGCAUGCACAGUUUUAAAUGCAAUCAAAUACAUCAAAAGUGUCUAUGGAAGAUGAUGCGUUUGUUCAAUUGCGUGCCAUAUGCAAGUAUUACUCUCCAAAUACACGUAACCAAACAAC